CAAACUGAACUGUGCUGUUCCUCUGGCAUCCAAGAGAAUACUGAGCAGCUCUCCACUCAUCCUGACUAACUAAUUUAGUGCUAUCCUGUGGAUUCUCUGAGGAUCAAGUCCAGAUACACAUUGUGACAAUGAAGGCUGCAAUUGUUUUCGUCCUGCUCUUUGCAACGGUCCUCUGUCGCCCAGUGAAACGCUCGUCCAGCAGCAGUUCAGAGAGCUCAGAGGAAGUGGUAAAACCAGCUCCGGUGCUUCGGAAAGCCCCAGCAGAACUCCCCCAGGUUGCAUCUGUACAGAAUGUGGGUGCUGGUACAGCAUCAGACGAGAGCUCCGACGAAGAUGAAACAGAAGGAGCUGAUCCUACAUCAGACCCAACAGCGGACAGCACAGCAUCAACAGACAGUGCAGACAGUGAUGAAAGCAAGGACAGCACAGACAGUGAUGAAACAGAGGAGUCAGAGUCUGGGGAGGCAGACACAACCGCUGCCCCUCCCACCGCUGAGCCCACUGUUGAGCCCACCCUGGCUCCCACCGAGGCCCCCAUCUACGACGACGGACGCGGAGACAGCAUGGGCUACCCCGGCGACUACAAGAAGUCCAUCAUCUAUGUAGAUACCAACAACAUCGAGAAGGGACCCUCCACAUACAAAUCCUAUGGAAAGAUGGACGAGGGCAUGUAUGCUGGCAAGAAGGUGUCCGUCUACAACACCGGGCUAGGAAACGAGAUUGAGAAGACGCUGAAGGUGUUCAAGGCCCUGCAGGUGCAUGAUUUUAUGGAAGAGGACACCAGCACCCCCGAGGUGGAGAGCCAGGGUUUGGAUGCCUCCAGCGGGACAGCCCAGGAGCCCAGCCUGCGCCAAGCGCACAUCGACAAAGCCAGCCAGGACAGCGGCCCCCAUGAGAGCCCCGAGAGCCAGGGAGCUGAGAGCCUGGAGGAGGAAGAGGCAGAGAGUGCCAGCACUAGCGCCAGUGAUGCGACAAGUGAGAGCACCAGUAGCGCUAGCAGCAACGGCACCAGCGAGAGCACCAGCGCCAGUGAUGAGACUGACAGCAGCAACAGCAGUGAGGAGGCUACAGCCACGCCCGGGGCAGCAGACAGCGACUCAGCCGGGAGCGACGAGAGCCAGGAGAGUGACAGCGACUCGGCUGAGGAGGCGGUCACAGAGGCUGCCAUCACUACCGACGCUCCCGUCGUCAUCAAUGCCUAGUAAAGGCCUGUCUUUCUCAUCCUGCUGCUGUCGACAGUGAAGAAUGCUACCAGGACCAGGAAGGUGCUCUAUGACCCAGCCUUAGGAGGAGAGGUCAGAACAGAGAAUAACAAACAGAGGGCCCUUAAGGUCUAAUACAGUACGACAAUAAUACCUGAUAAGAGCAAUACUAGCCAUCUCAUCAGGACAUAAGGAACAGUCCAUUUUGUUCAAUUGCACAAUUAUUUACACUACAUGUUGUUUGUCCCAUUUUUACUGUAGGUAUAAUGUUGUAUCGUUUCUAAAUAAAUUCAUUUUUUCA